AAACGCAAAACACCAGUAUCCAAAAACCCCCCUUAUCCAAGCAUCGAGUCCUCGAGUUCAAGUGGAUUUUGGACCUCGCAGAUGAUGUUUUCUGGGUGAAAAACGACUGGAAAUUCGACUAUAGUUUCAAACACCCGCUCACAAAUAAUCGCUCUAGCCAAAUCCCAAAGUUAUGGCGAGUAUGAUGGCAUUCAAGUUGUCGCCUUUCUCAUCAAGUGUUCCACCAACGCCUGCACAUUCUUCAAUUUCAUUUUCGUCAAAAAAAUUCUUUCUUCCAAUGAAGCUUUCUUCACGGCGUCCUACAUUCCCAAGAAUUUAUGCGUUUUCUAGCAAUGAUAUUAAGGUGGGUUCUAACAUUGAGGUAGAUGGUACUCCAUGGAAAGUUAUAGAGUUUCUUCAUGUGAAGCCUGGAAAAGGGGCUGCUUAUGUAAGGACUACACUUCGGAAUCAUCUCACAGGAAAUUCUGUUGAGAAAACUUUCAGAGCUGGAAGCAAGAUUGAACAAGCAGAGAUCUCUAAGGAGACAAAACAGUUUACAUACAAGGAUGGUCCACAGUAUGUCUUCAUGGAUCUGACAUCAUAUGAGGAAGUUCGGCUUAAUGAGUCAGAUAUGGGAGAUAAGACAAAGUGGCUAAAAGAAGGCAUGGAUUGCAUUUUGCUUUUUUGGAAAGGAAAGGUUAUAGAUUUUGAGCUCCCGAUUCAAGUUAAGGUGACUGUAGUUGAGGUUGAUCCUGGGUUGAAAGGUGACACAGCUCAAGGAGGAACAAAACCAGCCACUGUGGAAACGGGUGCUGUUGUUAAUGUUCCUUUGUUUGUAGAGAGAGGUCAAGUGAUUGUUGUGGAUACAAGGACUGGGCAGUAUGUGAGUCGUGUAUGAAUGUAUUUUUUUUUUCUUUGUGUAGAAAAGUUUUGGUCAACAAUGUAUGAUCGAGUUUCUAAUUUGUAUCAAAGCUUUAGAUUCUAGAAGGGCAUGUUAGUAAUUUCAUUGGGAGAGAGUUUUGUUGUUAUAUAUAUGAAUCUCGAAUGUACACUCUUCGGAUAAACCCGAAGGUAACUUAUAUGAGAAACUUCAUAGUUAUUGUUUGAGUA